GGAGAGGAGGGGGACACGCAGCGCGCGCUGACAGCCUGCGGGGGGGAACGGAGAGCGCCCACCGGCCGGAGAGCGACCCCGAGACUGAGAAACGCACGCGCAACCUGUUCAGUUUGAUGCAGCGGAGGAGGCUCGAGGCUCGAGAGGACCGCGGCAGGUGAGUUGAGGACGUCCUGUACAUGUGAGUGCUCACUCUGAGUGUGCACAGCAGGGCUACGUUGCGUUGACACGGAGGGGAAGCGUUUCCCUGUGAUACACCCACCAUGAACUGGAAAAGAAAAUCCACACUCUGUGAAGGAGCGGUGAUGAUGCUGCUGCUGAGUCACAUGACCACCGCCUUAGAUGUGCCUCUGGACCCUAAAGUUCUGGAGGGAUUGCCGCAGCCACCCACUAUAACCCACCAAUCCCCCAAGGAUUACAUCAUUGACCCCCGGGAGAACAUUGUCAUCCACUGUGAAGCAAAAGGAAAGCCGCAUCCCAGCUUUUCCUGGACGCGCAACGGCUCUCAUUUUGAUGUGGAGAAAGACCCUAAGGUGUUCACCAAGCCCAACUCAGGCACCCUGGUGAUAGACAUCAGCGAGGAGAAAGCUGAGGCAUAUGAGGGAGUGUAUCAGUGCACAGUGAGGAACGAACACGGAACUGCAGUCUCCAACAACAUUGUUAUACGCCAGUCCAAGUCCCCCUUGUGGUCAAAGGAGAGAAAUGAGCCAGUCACAGUGCAGGUGGGUGUGUCUCUGAUUUUGCACUGCAGACCCCCAAUGGGCCUUCCCCCACCUAUCAUCUUCUGGAUGGACAACAAUUUUCAGCGGCUGCCUCAGAACAGCCGCGUGUCUCAGGCACUUAAUGGAGACCUGUACUUCUCUAAUGUGCUGGUGGAGGACACCAGAAAUGACUACAUCUGCUAUGCUCGAUUUCCUCACACUCAAACCAUCCAGCAGAAGCAGCCCAUAACAGUCAAUGUUCUGGAUGUUGAUGCAAUGAAUGAGACAGUCUUGGCAGCUAUUUUGAAUGACACAGAUAUUUUGGGUGAUCGCCCGGCAGCAGAGCGGACACCCUCCUUCAUGCACCCAACUGGACCCAACAGUACGUCUAUGGUCCUGAGAGGUGAAACUCUGGAGCUGGAGUGCAUUGCAGAUGGUCUACCGACCCCAGAAAUCUCCUGGACUAGAGUGAGUGGGGAUCUGCCAGGUGACAGGUUCUCCUUCCAGAAGUUCCAGAAAAUGCUGAAGAUUAUUGAGGUGACGGAGGCAGAUGCAGGAGACUACCGCUGCCUGGCCAGAAACCGCCUAGGCAGUGCUCAGCACAUCAUCACUGUGGUGGUCAAAGCGGCUCCAUUUUGGAUCAGUGCUCCCCGGAACCUCAUCCUGGCACCCAAAGAGACAGGGAUGCUCAUUUGCCAUGUGGGGGGCAACCCCAAACCCACCAUCACCUGGUCUGUUAACGGUGUUCCCAUAGAGAAUUCACCCAAUGAUCCUAGUCGGAAAGUAGAGGACAACAAAAUCAUCCUGAGUGAUGUGCAGGCUGGGUCUAGUGCCGUCUACCAGUGCAAUGCAUCCAACGAGUUUGGCUACCUGCUAGCCAACGCCUUUGUCAAUGUACUUGCUGAGCCUCCGAGGGUGCUGACGCCUCCAAACAAUUUGUACCAGGUGAUCAGCAAUAGGCAAGCCAUGCUGGAUUGUGCCUCUUUUGGGUCACCUAUUCCGAAGAUCACUUGGUUUAAAGAUGGCCAGACUGCUAUACUAGAUGGGGAUUCCUAUGUUCUGCAUGAGAACGGGUCCUUACAGAUAAACCCAGCACAGCCUCUGAACAGUGGAAAGUACACCUGUGUGGCUACAAAUACCUUGGGCAACAAAGAAAACCAUGUCUUCCUGGAAGUGAAAGAACCCACACGGAUCCUGAAGCAGCCUGAGUAUAAAGUGGUGCAGAGGGGCAGCAGAGCUGUGUUUGAGUGUAAAGUGAAGCAUGAUCCCAGUCUAAUACCUACACUCACCUGGCUCAAGGAUAACGGGGAGCUGCCUGAUGAUGAGCGCUUUGUGGUGGACUCGGACAGUCUGACUAUAAUUGAUGUAGCAGAGGAGGAUGAAGGCACCUACACGUGCAUCAUGAACACCACUCUGGACAAGGACUCAGCCAGUGCCAGGCUCACUGUAGUCGAAGCCACUCCAACUCCACCUAUAGUCUACGAGCGUCCGGACCCUCCAAGAGACCUAGAACUGACUGACCAGCGGGAGCAGAGUGUGCAGCUGACCUGGAUCCCUGGUGAUGAACACAACAGCCCCACUCAGUUGUUUCUGGUCCAGUACGAGGACUCUCUGCAUCAGCCAGGGGUGUGGCACAAUAUGACUGAGGCUCCAGGUACAAGCGCCACGGCCCAGCUGGAUCUCUCCCCGUAUGUGUACUACUCCUUCAGGGUGUUGGCACUCAAUGAUGUGGGCAUGAGUGAACCCAGUACCCCCUCUAGACAGUACCGCACCAACCCCUCUCAGCCUGAUGAUAAUCCAUCAGAUGUUGAAGUAGCUGGAACAGAACCGAACAAUCUGGUGAUAUCAUGGAAGGAGCUAACAGGGCUGCAGUCUAACGGCCCCGGGCUUCAGUAUAAGGUGAGCUGGAGACAGAAGGAGACAGAAGAAGACUGGACCUCUGUCAUUGUGGCUAACGUCUCCCAGUAUGUGGUAACAGGGGCACCCACUUUCAUCCCAUACGAGGUCACCGUGCAGGCCUUUAAUGACUAUGGGCAUGGCCCCAAGCCAGGGGUGGUGUUUGGAUACUCAGGAGAGGACCGACCCAUGGUGGCUCCAGAGAACGUGAAGGUUCUGGUACAGAGCAGCACAAUGGCUGAGGUGCACUGGGAGCCCAUUCCUCCAUCUGCAGUGAGGGGAAGAAUGCUGGGAUAUAAGGUAUCCUACUGGAAAGAGAAGAGUUUGCAGAAGGAAGACUCCAGACCAAAAGAGAAAAAGGAGCUCACUUUCAGUGGAAAUGAGACGGAAGGCCGUCUCCCCGACCUUCACCCCUACAGUCAAUACAGCGUUAAUGUCAGGGCCUUUAAUGGGAAGGGAGAUGGACCUGCCAAUGACGAUCUGAAAUUUGAGACUCCAGAGGGAGUCCCUGGAGCUCCUGCUUUCCUCAGAAUUAUAGAUCUCAAUCUGGAUUCGUUAACGGUGGAGUGGGGUCCUCCUGAGGAUGAAUAUGGCCGUCUUACUGGCUACACCCUCAAAUACCAGCCCAUUAAUAGCACAGAUGAGCUAAAAGAGAUGACCCUUCUAGCUAAUGAGACGAGCAUCAGUCUUGAAAAUCUCAAGUACAGUACACGCUACAUGUUCUACCUUAAUGCCAUGACAAUCAAAGGCUCAGGACCUGUUGUGACGACAGCGAUCACAAUCGUGGAUGAAGCGUUAGUACGGCCCGCAGUAGAGACGGGUAAAGGCACUGAAUCCCCUUCACAUCCAAUAUCCCCCGUUACUCAGUCUGUGCAGCCCCCAUUUUACAAGGCGCGUCCAGUAGGCCCGGUGUUCAGGAACGUGAACUACUCCUUGGAGGAAGACCACGCCAUAAUAAACUGGGAAUACACUGGGGAAGAAAACAAUGUAUAUGUGGAAUAUAUGUUAGACAACAGUAAAGAAGCCUGGAAAAGGGAGGCUGUAAACGGCUCCCGAACAUAUCAGUUAAAGAAUCUAAAGGCGGGCGUGGUCUAUAAGGUGCGCGUGGUGGCCAAUAACCAUGCAGAUCUGACGGUGCACAGCACGGAGGAGCUGCUGAUUACGGUUCCAGCUAUGGCCAGCAGACAGGUGGAUAUAGCCACACAAGGCUGGUUCAUUGGUCUGAUGUGUGCCAUCGCACUGUUGAUCCUGGUCCUCCUCAUCGUCUGCUUCAUCAAGAGGAACAAAGGAGGCAAAUAUCCUGUGAAAGAAAAAGAAGAAGCUCAUCAGGAUCCAGAGAUCCAGCCUAUGAAAGAGGAUGAUGGCACUUUUGGAGAAUACAGUGACACGGAGGACCACAAGCCCCUGAAGGGCAGCCGGACCCCGUCCAACGGCACGGUGAAGAAGGACGAUAGUGACGACAGCCUGGUGGACUACGGCGAGGGAGGCGACGGCCAGUUCAACGAGGAUGGAUCCUUCAUUGGCCAGUACAGCGGGAAGAAGGAGAAGGACACACAGGAAGGCAACGAAAGUUCGGAGGCUCCGUCUCCUGUCAAUGCCAUGAACUCCUUUGUGUAACAGGCCUUGAAAACCUUUGGUCGUGGACCCCCGCCAACAACCCCCAUCUCCUACCCCACCCCGUACAGUCUCGUUACACUUCUUUCAUCUGGAGAGCAGACUUUCCCUACUUCACUGUGACCCUCCUGACAUCACAUGGCCACCAUAAACGAACGAAACCGACAAACAGCAACCCACUCAUAAGCAUCAGACAGAGAGAUAGAGAGAGAAAGAGAGAGAGAGAAAAAGUGAGAGAGCAAAGCAGAUAGAGAGAGAGUGAGGGAAACAGAGAGAAAGCAAUACACACAGGAGGAAUGUACCGUAACCAGCAGACCAGCCCUCCACCUGGUCUCCUCGGCUAGUCAGCGGCGUGAAUGCAGGAGGACCUUAAUGUGAUAACUGCUGUAUUAUCUUUUUGCAAACGUAUAUAUAUAUAUAUAUAUAUAUAGAUAUAUAUAUGAAUAUAUAGAAAUUAUAUACACAUAAAUGAGAAUUCUAUUUUCUGAACAUGGGUUCUUGGGUUUGCAGUCAGUCAGUAGGCCACCAUCUCGCACCGCCUGCCCACCCGCCCCCCUCUUGUGCUAUGCAUUCACUGCAUGGACUGACUCAGUGCUACCACACACCUCACACUCUGUGCUCUGUGAAUCAGUGGGUCAGCGUGAGCUAGCGUUAUAAAAAGCUUUCGGACCAGUGUCUAGUGGACGCUCACGCUUCGCAUCACAGCUGCCUUCUUCAGUUCCCUCGUCGACAGUGUUGAAACCGGUAUUGUACACGCUAAAAAAACGGCACCAAUGUCUUUUGUGGACAUUGUUGUGUUUAACUGUUUUUAUUUGACGUCUUUUGUGCCAGACUGGAGCUGCAGUAUAAAGAUGAACAAACUGGAUAUUUGGGGGUCAAUAUGAUAAAAAAAAUUGUAAAAAAAAAAAAAAAAAAAAAACUCUCGACACACACAUUCACAUUCAAUGUUCAGACUAUUCCACACAUUUACACAUUUAUAGCUGUGUCUGUUUGUUUUUGGGUUCUCUUAAAGUUCUUUUUUUUCUUUGCUCUAACCAUUUUUUCUUUUGUAAAUGUUGCUUCAGUUUGCUGUUGCAAUUGAAUGCAAUUGGAUACUCUCUCUCUCUCUGUUGUUGUGUUUUUCGCUGGUGCACUACUGAAGAAGAAGAAGAAGAAGAAGAAGAAGAAGAAGAAAUGAGAAACGUCAAGAAAGUCACGUCAAGUUGUGUCUCGCUCAUUACUGUCACUGCUGGCUCAACUCAUGGAGAUUGUGGAGCCCCUCAUUGGGCCAAAACACGGCUGCUCAGUGUCUGGUGUCUAUGCAGCCUCCUGCGCUGGUCAGUGGGUGUAAAGCUGGGUGCUCUAAGUGGUCUUUAGCACGGUUCCUCAGUGCCUUGGAAAGGAGACAAGUGUUCCGCGGUCGCUCAUCAACAGCUACGCCCUCCUCAGCCCCACCCUUCCAUUCGUUCAGUUCAGAGAGCAGAGCUCGGUCGUAGCUAGCUCUUGGAUUGAGAAAGGGGGAGGAGCUUUCCGUCAGAGCCCCGGCAUGGACUAACCACCCCGAUCGGCAACUGCUACGCAAGAAGACAUCAUCGCCUGUGCUCCGUCAUUAUGAUUGAAUCAUCCCACGCUGUGGUGGAGGGGCUGUGAUUUAUCCGGUGAAGCAGCUAAAACUACUGCCAAUCUACUUUCGCGGGUAAACUGCCAUAGAUACUGACCAGACAGAAGCGGGCGGUUCUUCACACUGAGGGAAAGAAGGGGGGGAGGGUCAGGGGUGUUUGAGUAAAUAAAGGAAUGUGGAGCUUGCAGUAACCUGUUGUUAGUAAUCUCAGUGUAUGUGAGAAUAGGUAGGAGGGGAGAAACAAAAAAAAGAACACCCUUUUCACAAAACAUAAACAUGUUUUUUAUUGCAUGUUAAUGAGUAUUGCAAGCUGUCGAAGUCGUAGUGCAAUCGGAAGCUCACAAAACACACAGUGCGCAGUGCUACCUUCAUCAGGUGUGGCUGGAGUGUGUGUGUAUAUGUGUGUAUGGAUGUGUUUGAGUGAGAACAUGCAUGUAUAGUUGUACAUGUCUAUGAAUGUGAAUGUAUGUGUGUGUGUGUAUGUUUGUGUGUGUGUGCGUGAGUGAGCAAGCGAAGAGUCUGUAUACAAAUACACAAUGUGUGUGUGUGUGUGUGUGUGUGUGUGUGUGUGUGUGUGUGUGUGUGUGUGUGUACACGGUAGCGACAUGCUUGGAACUCUUGUUGCUUGUUUGGCCUUUUUUUGGCAAGGCCCUAGAAUUCAUGAGAUAGCUCGUCAUAACUUGCAUCAAGUUUUUUUGAGUUUGGAAUCGUCUGCUUUUUAAUGUGUAGAUGUUGCUUUGCUUUGUAAAUAUCCACGCCACCAGUGUUUCAGACACAUGGGAUUUGAUGAGCUACGCUUAUGUGCUGAUCCUAUGCCCAGCUUCGAUCGGAAAACAAACAGCAAAAGGUCUUAGAUCGGAAUAGAAGUGUGACUUCCACCUGCAUGUCAUGAAUUCCAGUCCUGGAGGGCCAAGAGAGGGUCUAAAAGAAUUUGGUGAUUCCAAGCCCUUAGUAGAGUGGAUGGACCACAAUCUUUUACAUUUCAAUGGUUAAUCAAGCGCAAGACAAAUGUUGCAGAUUGCAGAAAUUAUCCCAUUUUUUCCCCAAUUUACAUGGCCAAUUAUCCCCUAUCACUUCAUGAGGAAGGAGAAGUUUAGCACAUGUCUCCUCUGAUACAUGUGAAGUCAGCCACCACCUCUUUUUUUACACUGCUGCUCUUGCAGCAUUGCAGAGUAGCUUCACAGCGUGCUCGGAGGAAAGCGCAGCUCACAGGUACCUUGUGCUGAUCGACAUUACCCUUUGGAGUGAUGUGGGGAGGGAGGGCGCCAUCUACCCACCCAGAGAGAACAAGGCAAAUUGUGCUCUCUCAGGGCUCCGGCAGCUGAUGACGGGCUACAUAAAUGGGAUUCUAACCAGCGAUCUCCUGAUCAUAGUGGCAGGGACCACUUACAUGCUGAUUUUCAAAUGAGUUAGUGAAAAUUAACCCCACCAGAAGGAGGCUGCUUGUUUUAUAUUUAUGUAUAGUAUAUUUUCGCACAAAACCCACAUGUCUUAGUUUGGGCUGUUUUUAACUUUUUUAAUAACAUUCUAUGAAUAUGAGUAUAAAGCAGUAGAAUUGCUUUAAAAUCAAAUCUUUUUAGAAUGAUUAUACUCCUACCUUGUUUGGAUCACCUGGAUUUUUUUUGUUUGGUUCAUGUCAAAAUAGCAGCUGCAGUUUGGACCAAAGAAACCAAAUUUUCCCAGGUCAAAAGAUGUGAAGUGGUCUAAAGCACCGUUUACAGCUUAACCCUGGCCUGGUUCAUUUUUUAGGCUAAUUGCUGGGGGUCGAAGCAUUAUAUUAUCAGCCAUUUAACAAUGGAAGAAGAAAAAGAAUGCUCAAAGCAGUGUGAGUGCAACUGAUUACGAUCUGAUUCUUAUAUCUACUGUAACUGUAGAUUAAUCCGUAUUUAUAAGAAGAAAUAAAAGGAAUGCGUGAGUACACUAUUCCCCUCAUGCUGCAAUGUGAGGCACUAGCAGUGAAGGGAGUUGAAUUCUGCCAGGGAGGCAUAAUUCUGAAAAAACAUACUCCUCAAUAAAUGUAUUUUUAUGUUGUGAAAAAGCCUUUUAAUUGACUUCCAUUAAAAAGUUACAAAGAUUUUUACUUUCUCCUGUAAAGAAGUCCGUUUAGAGAUCCGAGGCUUUUCAUGAUACAAAAGUAAAUUAUUUAACACACAUUGUAAUAAUUGAAAAAAAUAUGAAGUAUGAAGAGAAUUGUUGUUAUAUAUAAAAACUGAACUGGAUUAGAAAGGCAUCCAGGGUUGGAAUUGAAUGGUCUCGGGUGAAAGAGGUGGCUGCUGGCUAGUGAAAUGCAUUGUGUCUGACACUUUAUGAAAUUACACUCCUUUUUUUAAUUGUUUUGUUGCUGUGAACAUUAUUUUUUAGAUCUUUCUGGCCAGGUGUUCACGAGGCCCAGGCCUUCCCCAGUGCAGCUAUCUGGUGAAGCUUGAGUUGGGUGACCGUCUGCCCUCAGUCCUUCUUCAGCAGUUCACUCACUUUUUCAGUUGUCAGAAGAGUAGGAGAAAAUGAAAUAACACCACGCAGCAAACACUGCAGGUCCUCAAAGACUGUGGCUGCAUCAGUGUGUGUGUGUGUGUGUGUGUGUGUGCGUGUGUGUGUGUGCAGAUAGCCUGGGCCACAUGUUUUCGUGACUGAUAAUGAGAUAUGAUAGAAUAUGAUAUUUAACAUUCUGGUCAAUAUUGACGCGCUGUGGAAAAAAGCAUGAAAGGCUGUAAAAUGGUUUACUCUCUAUAAUUGCUAAAUAUUUUGUAUUUUAACUGAAGAAAAUACAUAAAAUAAAAUAAAUGUUGGUUUAAGGAUUUCA